AUGCCGGGCUUUGCAGAUUCCUUUUGGUCAAGCGACUACGCUGCAGGACUCGGUGUCCUGUUCAGCAAGUUGCAGCAGGGCGUGCAGGAAAACCGACAAGUCCUGACCGUCGCUCGAAUGCGUGCCGAGGCUGAGGAGAUCUACAGCCAGCGGUUAGGAGACAUCGCACCAACAGCAGAUAAGGUGCAAGGCGGGUUCUCAAAGGAUGAUGGCGCCAGCGUUCGCAAGGCAUUCGAUGGCGUUCGAACCGAGAUGGAGGAGGGCGCUAAGAACCACAAGAAGAUCGCUCAGAACAUUCGAGACCUCGUCGUCAACCCCUUUUCGCGCUGGUGCGAUGCUCACGAGUCGCGCAUACAGGACUCUCAAGACGAGCUGCAGGCUCGCAUCAAGGCGCACGACAGACAAGCCGAGUUGGUCAAGAAGCUGCGAAGCACCUACUUCAACAAGUGCCGGUUGGUUGAGGAUAUUGAGGAGGAGACCAAGCUGGCCUUCCAGGACCCCGAAAACAGCCCCAAGAACAGCAUUCCCGAGAUCAAGGUCUCCGAGAACAAGGAGCCCGAGCUCCACCCUCAGGAAGACGAUGACGAACCCAUCGAGAUUGGAGAUGAGAUCUACCAGCCCGAGCAGGUCAAGAAGAUUCUGGCGCACAUGUUGAACACGAUCAAGCUUGGAGAGACCAAGGUCCCCAUCCUUGGGACCUACCAGAACACCUCGUCCGGAUCCGACAUUGUCGAGUACCUGCAACGGCACAUGAACACAACAAGCAUUAGCUACGCUGAGAGAAUCGGUCAGGAUCUCAUUUCGAACGGAUACCUCAGGCUCAUUGGGAACGUUGGUAGCACUUUCGCCAACAGCUCUAAGAUGUUCUACCAGUGGCGCCCCAAGGCCUUCAAGCUGGCUGGCGUACCCGACAAGAAGACGCCUCUAGGCCGAACCUUUUCUCUCCCCGCCUCUGAGUCGUCCGACUCUCCUGUUGUUGGGACCGUCAGUGAAUACCUUGCCAACUGGAACGUCCUCAACAACCAGCACCCCAACGAGACCCCGCCAGAGCGAUUGCGCCGCGAGGCCAGGGAAGCCGACGAAAAGUACAAGGCAGGCGUGCGAAAGUUGGAUGAGAUGCGCUGCGAUCUUGAGGAGACCAUCUUUGUGCACCUCCGUUUCCUGGAGCGCUGUGAGCUGGAUCGCCUCAAGGCUAUCAAGACCGUCAUCCUAGACUUCUCGGGCACUAUCAGCAACGUCAUUCCCAGCAUGCAGUCUGCUGUCGACCACAUGAUGCUCUUCCAGGAGACUGUUCAGCCUCUCGGCGAUCUGAGAUACCUGCUCGAGAGCUACCGGACCGGCAGCUUCAUCCCCAAAGUGGUGGUUUACGAGAACUACUACAACAAGGUCGAUGAGCAGACUUUCGGUGUGGAUCUCGAGGCCAGAGCGCGAGCGGAUAAGAAGCGCGUGCCUGUCAUCGUCACCACUAUACUGACGUAUCUGGACAACCACUACCCCGAUCUCGAAGGUGACGAGGCUAGACGCGGUGUUUGGCUAGUCGAUGUUCCCCUGCAGCAGAUCCACAAGCUCCGCAGCAAGCUUAACGACGGCAAGCCCAUCUCACCUGAUGUUUUUGAUGAGUUCGAUAUCCCGACUGUUGCGAGCUUACUCAAGCUGUACCUGCUCGAACUGCCUGACUCCCUCGUCUCAUCCCACGUGUAUGAGAUUGUCAGGACAAUAUACCAGACCCAGUCGCAAGAGAGCGACGCUGCUCGCGUGUCCGUGCUGCAACAGACCCUAUCGCAAAUGCGACUGACUAACAUCGCAACGCUCGAUGCCUGCAUGAACCACUUCACCCGCUUAAUUGACCUCACCUCGGCUGACGAGGCCUACGUUGCCAGCCUAGCCACGACUAUCGCGCCUUGUAUUCUUCGCCCUCGUGCUGAAACUUCCCUGACCAUGGAAGAGAAGCACGCUUACAGGCUCGUUCGCGAUCUGUUUGCCCACAAGGAUGCCAUCUUCAGCGAACUCAAGCGCAUGUCAACGGCGAACCACGGUGGUUCUAUCAACCGCCCUCGUGCCAUCAGCACCGACGAGAGCAACCGGAGGGCGAACAUGGAAGAGCGGAAUAGAGCUCUGCUCGAGAAGGCAGCUGGUACCCGCGGUCGUGCGACAAGCCCUGCCCCAAGCCCUCGCGGACACAGACGUGACCGCAGCACGGGUGGCCCCGAAACCCGUUUUCCGAUCCAGACGAGCCCGCCCGCGUCGGCAGUUGACCGUCACCGCUCCAGCUUGGGUAGCGUAGUCGGCGCCAAGCGGUCGAGUCUUGAAGUCCCCGGCAGCGAAUCCAGCUCGCCAAAAGAGGCGACGACGGCGGCUGCGACCAAUGGUUCAACGGCGCCCGCCGCUGAGGGCGUUGCGGCCAGAAUCAAGGCUCUCGAAUCUCCCGUCGAAAAGCGCAACAGCUUAGGUCGCAGCAGCGUGCGGUAUUCACUGGAUCGCCACGUGGCAGCCGCACCAAGCACUGGAACAGAGAGUGGAUCGUCGACGCCCCGCGACUCGGGGGCACCCCGCGGAGUGACGCUUGAGGACAAGCCUAUGGAUGACUGA